CUUCAAAGAUCCACUCUUCAACAAUGAAAUAAUGCUUAGCAAGGAGACCAUCACGCUCACGAGCGAAAAGGAGGCGAUCCCCAAUCGGCGCUCACUUUACAGCACUUUCUCGCAUCGCUCGCUUCUCAAACAGGAGCAGAUGAUACAGAGGCUCAUCAGACGACUCAUGGCACAAAUUGAGAAGCUCAGCGCCAACGGAUGUCUCGUCGAUGUGCGAAUGGUUCACAUUUCCUAUGUCCGGUAUCAACAGCGACUUUGGCUUUAGCGAGGACAUGGGCUACGUGGAAAACGGCGUCUAUCACGACUGGGUCAGGUUUGUCAGUGACUUCUUCAAUGCCGCGACACUGUUGCACAAAUGCCACAAACUUUGGCCGCUGAAUCCCUUGUUGGCUCUCUGCAUUUCGCCUUCAAGGUGUAAGACGCACAUGAGCCAUAAUGAGGCUUCUUUAAAACGCGUCUGGAACCGCAUAGCCAUGGCCACGGACUGCCAUGAUUUCAUGCAUCAUUUCUUGGAGCAGGCGGGAAAAAAGAAAUCGUCUUCGUACGAAGACAAUAGAGGCGCAAGCGACAGUCGUCCUUCUAGCUGGCAGCGAGCCUUCGUCGGUAGCGGAGACUGCGGCCGUUCACCAUAUCUUGGCGAAUCUGCAUAUCCACAAAGAGUUACAGGAAGAGAUUCAGAGCACCUUUACUGGCGUUCAAAUCAUCAAGUUGCAAGAUGUGAUGAGCGAGCUCCUGUACCUGGACGCAGUGGUGCAGGAGACGUUGCGUAUUAAUGCGCCGUUUGCCAAAGGCUUCACUCGCUGGUUGUCCAACAAUAGAAACAGGAACGGGGCAUGACCUGUGUGGCACACAUCCGGCACAGAAUAAGUACAAAUUUUGACAUCAUUGUUCAAUCUCGGAUGCUUUAAAGAAGCUUUUUAUCAUCGGACAUGUUCACGAAUACAAAGUUACUUUUAGACAGUCGUUCUAAUGAACCACUACUGCUCUAAUAUUUGAUCAUACAACUUCCACGAUCCCUCGAAUUUCAUGCCGGAUCGAUGGAUGAGUGAUGUUACCUACUCUUGCGACAGGAGAGACGUUAUACAGCCGUUCUCAGUGAAGUCACGGAACUGUCCCGGUAAGC